CCCAGAGCUCGCAGCACAGCCUGUUCCUUCCGGCUGAUCCGCCUGCCCGGCUCCCACCCAGGCCCACCCCAAUCUUAUCCUCCACUGCUUUUCAAAGGAGUCCAGCCAACACAAAUCUACGUGUUUGUUUGUCUGCCUGUCUGCCUCUCCCAGUCUCUGCCUAUCCCAGUCUCUCAACUUCCGUUUCUUGCCCACAGUUUCUCUUAGUCUCUGUGGUCUCAAAUCCACGAGGCUCAGACUCCUGCAGACCCAGAUGCCCCUGCUCACCUUUCUCCAGCCCCCCAAUGGCUUAGAACUACAAACCCCAGUUUGCACGACUGCCCAAGGUACGUGAAGAGAGCUGGUGUGCACCAUCUGCACUCUGGGAAUUGUAGUUUCCCUAGCCCCAUGCUCUUGCUAGGACUCCAAGAUCUUCCCAGUGGGCAGUCCCUGCUCAGCACUGACUGCUGGGUCUAUCUGCUGACCUACCACCCCCAGGGAAGCAUGCGUCACUGGAUGACAGGGUGGGGGUGGAGGCCCUGGAUGGCAGCUUCCUGCUCUUUUGUGUCCCCCACUUGAGUCAUGGGGGGCGGGGGUUCCAGGAAAUUGGGGCUGGGAGGGGAAGGGAUACCCUAAUGCCAGACUCAAGGACAAAGGGUCACUGCAUCCUUGCUGAACUGUAUCCACAAGAUCUCCAAAGCAUUCCAAGGUGGGGGUCCAGGAGUGCUUAGCUGUAGACAGGGCAGGGAAGGAGAGCACCUGCAGUGACCCUAGAGGUCCCUGUGGUCACUCAGAGUAUGGGAACCAUCCCCUGAUGUUGACACAGUGCUCACCUCCCCCCCCAACCCCUCAGAGCAAGGCCAGCCAGGGCAAGGUGGAAGUCCUCUGCUCCAGCCAGACAACACGCAAGGACCUCUCUGACCCUCUGAUUGUCCACCCUGCCAACUCCACCCCUGCCCCCUACCCCCACCUACACCCCCACACACACACCCCUGCUCCUGCGCUCCAGCCCCAGGGCUCCAAGAACACCUGGCUUCCCACUUAUCAGUCCUAGUCCUCCGAGCGGAACCCAGGCGUCCGGCCCCCACCCUCUGGGCGGGCAUGGAGCCGAGCCUUUAGAGCCUCCCAGCCUGCCUUGUUCCUGUCCCAUUGUGUGUGGGGCAGGGGCGGGGCAAGGGCCAGCACCAGAGAGCCCCCUCCCACUGCCCCCUCCCCUUCCUAAGGAAAAGGUCUGGGCUCUGCUUGGAGGGCCAGAGCUGAGGCAAGGCUGAACAUGGGCAACUUGAAGAGUGUGGGCCAGGAGCCCAGGCCCCCAUGUGGCCUGGGGCUGGGCCUGGGCCUGGGGCUGUGCGGCAAGCAGGGCCCUGCCUCCCCGACCUCCUCAGAGCCGAGCAGGGCACCAGCACCCGCGCCCCCACCAGCACCAGACCUCAGCAGCCCCCCGCUCACCCGGCCACCGGACGGGCCCAAGUUCCCUCGUGUGAAGAACUGGGAGGUGGGGAGCAUCACCUACGACACCCUGAGUGCCCAGUCACAGCAGGAUGGGCCCUGCACCCCCAGACGCUGCCUGGGCUCCCUGGUAUUUCCACGGAAACUGCAGAGCCGGCCCUCUCAGGACCCUCCGCCCCCUGAGCAGCUGCUGAGCCAGGCCAGGGACUUCAUCACCCAGUACUAUAGCUCCAUCAAGAGGAGCGGCUCCCAGGCCCAUGAGCAGAGGCUUCAGGAAGUGGAAGCAGAGGUAGCAGCCACGGGCACCUACCAGCUUCGGGAGAGCGAGCUGGUGUUCGGGGCCAAGCAGGCCUGGCGAAAUGCUCCCCGCUGUGUAGGCCGGAUCCAGUGGGGGAAGCUGCAGGUGUUCGAUGCCCGGGAUUGCAGCUCUGCCCAAGAGAUGUUCACCUACAUCUGCAACCACAUCAAGUAUGCCACGAACCGGGGCAACCUCCGCUCGGCCAUCACAGUGUUCCCCCAGCGCGCCCCAGGCCGCGGAGACUUCCGAAUCUGGAACAGCCAACUGGUGCGCUAUGCGGGCUACAGGCAGCAGGACGGCUCGGUGCGGGGGGACCCAGCCAACGUGGAGAUCACUGAGCUCUGCAUCCAGCACGGCUGGACCCCAGGAAACGGCCGCUUUGACGUGCUGCCCCUACUGCUCCAGGCCCCAGAUGAGCCCCCAGAACUCUUUGCUCUGCCCCCUGAGCUGGUCCUCGAGGUGCCCCUGGAACACCCCACGCUGGAGUGGUUUGCAGCCCUGGGCCUGCGCUGGUAUGCCCUCCCGGCAGUGAGCAACAUGCUGCUGGAAAUCGGGGGACUGGAGUUCCCUGCGGCCCCUUUCAGCGGCUGGUACAUGAGCACUGAGAUUGGCACGCGGAACCUGUGUGACCCUCACAGAUAUAACGUCCUGGAGGAUGUGGCGGUCUGCAUGGACUUGGAUACCAGGACAACCUCAUCGCUGUGGAAAGACAAGGCAGCGGUGGAAAUCAACUUGGCCGUGCUGCACAGUUACCAGCUGGCCAAAGUGACCAUCGUGGACCACCAUGCUGCCACCGCCUCCUUCAUGAAGCACCUGGAGAAUGAGCAGAAGGCUAGGGGGGGCUGCCCUGCCGACUGGGCCUGGAUCGUGCCCCCCAUCUCUGGCAGCCUCACCCCUGUCUUCCAUCAGGAGAUGGUCAACUAUGUCCUGUCCCCGGCCUUCCGCUAUCAGCCAGACCCGUGGAAGGGGAGUGCAUCCAAGGGUGCCGGCAUCACCAGGAAGAAGACCUUUAAGGAAGUGGCCAAUGCGGUGAAGAUCUCUGCCUCACUCAUGGGCACCGUGAUGGCAAAGCGAGUGAAGGCGACCAUCCUGUAUGGCUCCGAGACCGGCCGGGCCCAGAGCUACGCCCAGCAGCUGGGGAGACUCUUCCGGAAGGCUUUCGACCCCAGGGUCCUGUGCAUGGAUGAGUACGAUGUGGUGUCCCUUGAGCAUGAGACGCUGGUGUUGGUGGUGACCAGCACAUUUGGGAAUGGUGAUCCCCCGGAGAAUGGAGAGAGUUUUGCGGCAGCCCUGAUGGAGAUGUCCGGCCCCUACAACAGUUCCCCUCGGCCAGAACAGCACAAGAGUUACAAAAUCCGCUUCAACAGCGUCUCCUGCUCAGACCCGCUGGUGUCCUCCUGGAGACGGAAGAGAAAGGAGUCCAGUAAUACAGAUAGCGCAGGGGCCCUGGGUACCCUCAGGUUCUGUGUGUUCGGCCUGGGCUCCCGGGCAUACCCCCACUUCUGCGCCUUCGCUCGUGCGGUGGACACACGGCUAGAAGAGCUGGGCGGGGAGCGGCUACUGCAGCUGGGCCAGGGAGAUGAGUUGUGUGGCCAGGAGGAGGCCUUCCGUGGCUGGGCCCAGGCCGCCUUCCAGGCCUCCUGUGAGACUUUCUGUGUGGGACAGGACGCCAAGGCCGCCGCCCGGGACAUAUUCAGCCCCAAACGGAGCUGGAAGCGCCAGAGGUACCGGCUGAGUGCCCAGGCCGAGGGCCUCCAGCUACUGCCAGGCCUGAUCCACGUGCACAGGAGGAAGAUGUUCCAGGCUACGGUCCUUUCAGUGGAAAACCUGCAAAGCAGCAAGUCCACCCGGGCCACGAUCCUGGUGCGUCUGGACACUGGAGGCCAGGAGGCGCUGCAGUACCAGCCAGGGGACCACAUAGGCAUCUGCCCACCCAACCGGCCCGGCCUCGUGGAGGCACUGCUGAGCCGCGUGGAGGACCCGCCUCCACCAGGAGAGCCGGUGGCCGUGGAGCAGCUGGAGAAGGGCAGCCCUGGUGGACCACCCCCCAGCUGGGUUCGGGACCCCCGGCUGCCCCCAUGCACGCUGCGCCAGGCUCUCACCUUCUUCCUGGACAUCACUUCCCCGCCCAGCCCUCAACUCCUUCGACUGCUCAGCACCCUGGCCGAAGAGUCCAGCGAACAGCAGGAGCUCGAGAGCCUCAGCCAGGACCCACGGCGCUACGAGGAGUGGAAGUGGUUCCGCUGCCCCACGCUGCUGGAGGUGCUGGAGCAGUUCCCAUCGGUGGCACUGCCCGCCCCCCUGAUCCUCACCCAGCUGCCCCUGCUCCAGCCCCGGUACUACUCGGUCAGCUCAGCACCCAGCGCCCACCCAGGAGAGAUCCACCUCACAGUAGCCGUGCUGGCAUACAGGACGCAGGAUGGACUGGGCCCCCUUCAUUAUGGAGUCUGCUCCACAUGGCUGAGCCAACUGAAGGCCGGAGAUCCCGUACCCUGCUUCAUCAGGGGGGCUCCCUCUUUCCGACUACCGCCUGAUCCCAGCUUGCCCUGCAUCCUAGUGGGCCCUGGCACAGGUAUUGCCCCCUUCCGGGGAUUUUGGCAGGAGCGGCUGCACGACAUUGACAGCAAAGGGCUGCAGCCCGCCCCCAUGACUUUGGUGUUCGGCUGCCGAUGCUCCCAGCUCGACCACCUUUACCGCGACGAGGUGCGGGAUGCCCAGCAGCGCGGAGUUUUUGGGCGCGUCCUCACCGCCUUCUCCCGGGAGCCCGACAGCCCUAAGACCUACGUGCAGGACAUCCUGCGGACCGAGCUGGCUGCUGAGGUGCACCGCGUGCUGUGCCUCGAGCGGGGCCACAUGUUUGUGUGCGGCGACGUCACCAUGGCAACCAGCGUCCUGCAGACGGUGCAGCGAAUCCUAGCGACGGAGGGCGACAUGGAGCUGGACGAGGCCGGCGACGUCAUCGGCGUGCUGCGGGAUCAGCAACGCUAUCACGAGGACAUUUUCGGGCUCACACUGCGCACUCAGGAGGUGACAAGCCGCAUACGCACCCAGAGCUUUUCCUUGCAGGAGCGACAUCUGCGGGGCGCAGUGCCCUGGGCGUUCGACCCGCCUGGCCCAGACACCCCCAGCCCCUGAGAGUCCUCUUGUUUUCCAUCCCAGUUCCAGGAGAGGGGCCGUCAGUCCACCAGACCAGCCACCUCUCCCCUCCCGAGGUGCUUCCCAUCUUUGUCCAGAGUCUGCCCUAAAUCGCCUUAUUCCGGGGAAUGAGCGGAAUGUCCCUCUCUAGGUCUGUUUACUUGUCCCAGGUCUGGAGGCCCCCUCCCAGGGCCUACUGUCACCCUUUUUGUGUUCCUUAGGUGAAUUUUAGAUUCCCUUUACCUCCCCCAGGAGUAUCUUAUCUUGAAACCUAAUCUCUAAAUCAAAUAUUUAUUAUUGAAGAUUCACCAUAAGAGACUGGACCAGGUGUUAUGAGAGCUACUAAGAUGCCUAACCCAGCCCCAUUGAUUAAAAUUACAGAAUGACAA